AUGAGCGCAAAACAAGAUGAGCUACUCCUGCGCACACCGAUGGCUCACAGAAGGGGGCAGGGAAACAUAGAUUCUUUGAUUUCAGACAUCGAUUCUGAAGCGAAGCAAAGACGUGAAGUUGAGAAGAAGGAGAAUGCAGCCGAGAUUGUCCUCGAUCUUACUCCACGAUCACUUGUGGAUGACUUUCAGGUCACCAACAAAAUGCGACGAGUCUCUUUCAAGUCAUCUCCAACCAGUGUCUCGGCACUUCUUGACGAGUCCAGCCCAAGCACUCCUGUCAGACUUGGUACUCGAUGCAUUGACCUUGGUUUCCGCCCUCGAAAUGAUGAUCUUCGCAUUGCUGACAGCUACAGCAUCUCAUCUCCAAGCAAAAUCCCCAUUCUAUCAUUGGAAGAUUAA